AUGAUGGGACAUGAGAAUCACAGUUUCACCAGUGAUUUCAUUCUUUUAGGACUCUUUUCUUCUUCUCAAUCAAGUCUCAUUUUCUUCUUUAUCUUCAUCAUUUUUAUUAUGACGGUAACAGAAAACACAGUCAUGAUCCUCCUUAUCCUCAGGGACUCAAGACCCCAUACUCCAAUGUAUUUCCUGCUCAGCCAUCUGUCUUUCAUGGGCAUCUUGCAUAUUUCCAACAGCGUUCCCAAGAUGGUCACUGACUUUCUGUCAGGCAGCAGAACUAUUUCAUUUGCAGGUUGUGGCUUCCAGAUAUUUCUAUCCCUCACGCUCCUGGGUGGUGAGUGCCUUCUCCUGGCAGCAAAGUCUUAUGAUCGCUAUGUAGCCAUCUGUCAUCCACUGCACUAUCCCAUUCUUAUGAAUGACUACGUCCGUGUUCUCAUGGCUGGAGGGUCCUGGCUUGUUUGGACUGUCAACUCCAUAGUCCACACAGCUUAUUCACUCCACUUUCCCUUCUGCGGCUCAAGAGCCAUUGAUCACUUUUUCUGUGAAGUCCCUGCCAUCUCGAAGUUGUCCUGUGUGGACACAACACUCUAUGAAUGAGGAGUUUAUGUUAGUGGCUUAAUUUUUCUGCUUAUCCCUGUCUCCGUAAUCUUUGCUUCUUAUGUCCAAAUUCUCCUUACUGUCCUACAAAUGAAAUCAUCAGAGGCACGGAAAAAGUCAUUUUCUACCUGUUCCUUCCACAUGAUUGUGGUCACAAUGUACUAUGGGCCUUUUAUUUUCACAUACAUGAGACCCAAAUCAUACCACACCCCUGGUCAGGACAAAUAUUUGGCAAUAUUCUAUACCAUCCUCACACCCACACUGAACCCCAUCAUCUACAGCUUUAGGAAUAAAGAUGUUUUGGAGGCAAUGAAACAUAUGCUCAAAAGUAACUUUCUCUAUCAAAAAUAG